CAGAAGAAGAAGGGUGGCUUGUAUAACCUCAAUUUCAUUCCAAAAUAUUUUUUUUCAUAAUAAAAGUAUAUAAUAGCAGAUAUAAUAUCUGUUUACUCUUACAUUACUAAUAUACUUUAUUUAUAACAAUGCGACACGCUAGCUUUAUUGCUCGUACAGUAUUUGUUCAAAAUAAUGAUGUCGAGGCGGCUUGUAGAAUUUUAAAUAGAAUUUUAGGGAAGGAAGAUAUAUUAGAUCAAUUUCGUCGUACCCGUUAUUUUGAAAAACCUUUUCAGUUUCGGAGACGUAUAAACUUUGAAAGAUGCAAAGCUAUUUAUAAUGAAGAUAUGGAUAGGAAAAUACAAUUUGUUUUAAGGAAAAAUAGAACUGAUCCAUUUCCUGGAUCAUCAUAAUUAUGAAAGUUAGGCUGUAAGCAAUAUUUUAUUGUAGUUUUUGUAUUGUAUACAAUAUGCAAACAUAAUAUAUCGAUGCUUUAAUAAAAAUAAUUAACGUAAAUUAUGAAAAA